AUGGUGACAGAUGCAGACGUAACAAAACAAUGUCAUCAAGAAGGAGGGAAUAUGGAAAAUGGUGGUAUCAUGGAGGACUUAAUCCCAGCACGUCUUAAAUUGGUGACUCAGUCGCCAAGAUGGAGGGAUUCUAUCUGCAAAUAUUCAGGGGUAUAUGAUCCUGCCGCCCUAAUCGAUCAUCAUACGGGUCGGCAUUCCACCGGGCAUCUUGGAGCUAAGCUCGGUGGACUUCUCCCCAUCCGGGGUCCUCUUCUUGCAGAUGUGAGGCUUAAGGCCCCUGUGGAAAUUGUGUGUGCACAUGCAGGCAUUUAUGAUGGUCAUGACGAUGAGAAUGAGAGUGAUCACAGCGAAGAAGGUCAGAGACCGGCGGGCAGGGAGAUAUUCGUAGAAUUUCGAAGGCUGGUACAUCCGUACGAGCUUGAAGAGGAAGUAGGCCAUGGCACCGAAAUAGAGAAGCUGAAAGAUGGAUCGACGUACAAUGAUGAUGAUCAUGCCGAAUGUAUUCUCACGUCGAGUGAAGAUAGCCGCGAAGACCAGAAUGAUGAUGGUCACGGGAAUAGCAGCAAGAGUCAAGGCAAACUCGACGUCCGUCUUCCCUGUCACGAUGACCACGAAUUGAACCGUAAAUCCAAGGAAGAAGAAGAAAUCGAAUUUCAAAAGGGCGAUGUAGAUCUGGCAAACUCAUCAUACAACUUCCAGGCCGCAAAGAUCAUGAGAACAGAACCCAAGGCCAGAAUGCAGGGAAUCGCGAUCAAAAAUGAUCAGCAGGCCAAUGUUGCAGAUGCAGAUCCCGAUGACCUGGAUGGUGUUCUUCAGCCGUAG